AUGAGUGAUAAUAUGGACCUUGCUCGUAUCCAGGCAUUCGCACAGAACUACGAGGAUCGUAGAUGUCAGGGGCGGGCGGCUGAGAGCAUGGAGAGGGAGUAUAAUAAGAGGGCUAGGACUACUGGUCAGCAGGAUGAGAGUUCCCGUACGUCCGUGUCACAGCAACAGAGGGAUCUGGGACAGGCUAGAUCACUACCACAGCAGUGUGGUAAUUGUGGUAGAGCGCACUAUGGGCAAUGCGCUGGUCUCAGUCUUUCGCAAGUAGAAGCAGAGGUAGGGGGCGGAGCUUCUGGUACAGGUGGUGCUCAGAACCGCAUCUACGCUUUGGCAGGUCGUCAGGACUUGGAGUCCUCACCAGACGUUGUGACAGAUCCGGGGUCCAAUUUGUCCUAUGUUACUCCCCUUAUUGCGGAAAAAUUCGGUAUAGCGCCUGAAUUGUUGAGUGAUCCAUUUUCUAUGUCGACACCUGUUGGUGAACCUGUUAUUGCUAGGAAGAUUUAUCAUGGUUGUUCUGUAGUGGUUUAUGGUCGUCAGACCAUGGCAGAUCCUAUAGAAUUACAGAUGGUCGACUUUGACGUCAUUAUGGGAAUGGAUUGGUUAGCUUCUGUUUAUGCUAAUGUGGGGUGUUGGACGAAGACUGUCACGUUCCAUUUCCUGAGGGAACCAGUUCUGGAAUGGAAAGGAAAGGCAAAUGUGGUAGAAAAUGCCCUCAGCCGCAAAUCUAUGGGUAGUUUAGCAUACCUGCGGGCUGGAAAAGGGGAGUUAGCUCAUGAGCUUCUUCAGUUAGCCAAUUUGGGGGUCAGAGUGAUAGAUUCAGGAGAUGCAGGAGUUACUAUGCAGACUACAGCAACAUCAUCCUUAGUAGCCGAGGUGAAAAGGCGUCAGUAUAAAGACCCUUCAUUGACCCAUUACAAGGAUACAACUUCACAAAAGAAGAAAUCACCAUUCAGGAUUACUGGAGAUGGAGUCCUCAAGUAUCAAGGUAUAGCUAAGCAUACCACUAAGCAUGGCAUUAUUAAGUGGCAAGAGAUGCGUGGUGAUGCCAAAUAUGCUGACAUAGUUAAGGAGAAUUGGACUGCUGAAAAUUUGAAAGUAAGAUAUUAA